AGUGACGUCGGGAGUUUUCCUGAAAGUCAAUAACGAGCCUGGCGGAGGCGGCCGAAACAACGGCGGCGGCGGCGGCUGUAGCGGCAGCCGGACCGAAGGCUGGGCCCCAGGCGGCUCCGGGCACCCUGAGCCGGGAGCGGGAGCCGCCGCCCUGACGUCCGCGGAUGCUGCGGCCGAGCUGCCCAGGCGGGCGCCGCCGUGAAUAGCGGGCGGGGAGGAGAAGCCGCUGUCUUAUGUAGCCGCCGCCGCCCCUCCUGCGUCUCCCUCGCCGGCCGGGGCCUGGACCCUUCCCCACAGCGCUGAGGGGAAACGAAGGGCCGAGCCCGGCGGUGCUGUGGGGGGGCGAGGGAGGAGGGAGCGCGGGGGGGCCCCCUGCCCGGAACCGCCUCCGCCUUCCCGCCACUUCCACACCAACGGCCGAGCAUCCGCCGCCCCUCGCCUCAGGUUGAUUUAAGAUACGGAAAAGUCAGAAGAGACUUGAAACUCAAAGUGAUACUGCAAAACAUUAUUUCUCUGAAUUGAAGGCUCAUUGUGGAGCUAUCAUGAGCGAUGUUACAAUUGUGAAAGAAGGUUGGGUUCAGAAAAGGGGUGAAUAUAUAAAAAACUGGAGGCCAAGAUACUUCCUAUUGAAGACAGAUGGCUCUUUCAUAGGCUAUAAGGAAAAGCCGCAAGAUGUGGAUCUACCAUAUCCUCUUAACAACUUUUCUGUAGCAAAAUGCCAGCUAAUGAAAACAGAGAGACCAAAACCAAACACAUUUAUUAUCCGAUGUCUUCAAUGGACCACUGUGAUAGAAAGGACAUUUCACGUAGAUACUCCAGAAGAACGGGAAGAAUGGACAGAAGCCAUCCAAGCAGUAGCAGACAGGCUUCAGAGGCAGGAAGAAGAAAGAAUGAACUGUAGUCCAACCUCACAGAUUGAUAAUAUAGGAGAGGAGGAGAUGGAUGCUUCCACAACCCACCAUAAAAGGAAGACAAUGAAUGAUUUUGAUUACUUAAAACUACUUGGCAAAGGCACGUUUGGCAAAGUUAUUCUGGUUCGAGAGAAGGCAAGUGGAAAAUAUUAUGCUAUGAAGAUUUUGAAAAAGGAAGUUAUUAUUGCAAAGGAUGAAGUGGCUCACACACUUACAGAAAGCAGAGUACUGAAAAACACUAGACAUCCUUUUUUGACGUCUUUAAAAUACUCAUUCCAGACAAAGGACCGUUUGUGUUUUGUGAUGGAAUACGUCAAUGGAGGAGAGCUGUUUUUCCAUUUGUCGAGAGAGCGGGUGUUCUCUGAGGAUCGCACACGCUUCUAUGGUGCAGAAAUUGUUUCUGCUUUGGACUAUCUGCAUUCUGGAAAGAUUGUGUACCGUGAUCUCAAGUUAGAGAAUCUAAUGUUGGAUAAAGAUGGACACAUAAAAAUUACAGAUUUUGGACUUUGCAAAGAAGGGAUCACAGAUGCAGCUACUAUGAAAACGUUCUGUGGCACCCCAGAGUACUUGGCUCCAGAGGUUUUGGAAGACAAUGACUAUGGCCGUGCAGUGGAUUGGUGGGGCCUUGGAGUUGUUAUGUAUGAAAUGAUGUGUGGCAGGUUGCCAUUCUACAACCAAGAUCAUGAAAAACUUUUUGAACUAAUACUAAUGGAGGAUAUAAAAUUUCCCCGAACAUUGUCAUCCGAUGCAAAAUCACUACUUUCAGGUCUCCUGAUAAAAGAUCCAAAUAAACGUCUUGGUGGAGGACCAGAUGAUGCUAAAGAAAUUAUGCGACACAGUUUCUUUGCUGGAGUGAACUGGCAAGAUGUAUAUGAUAAAAAGGUGGUGUUGAAGUUCCAUGUGCUGGUUCCUCAUUUCUUGACAAGAGUUCUUCAGAAGCUGCUUCUCCCUCCUUUUAAACCUCAAGUGACGUCUGAGACAGACACCAGAUAUUUUGAUGAAGAGUUUACUGCUCAGACUAUUACAAUAACACCACCUGAAAAAUAUGAUGAAGAUGGUAUGGACUGCAUGGACAACGAAAGACGACCACAUUUCCCCCAGUUUUCUUAUUCUGCAAGUGGACGGGAAUAGCUUGUUGUUUUGUUCUGCUGCUUCACGGUCAUAUUAGAUUUAUCACUGAAAAUGAUUCCUGACAUCACCACCAGUACUUGCUAUUAUUUAGGAUAGCAGAGCACUUUCAGAGAUCAUUCCAAAUUGAACAAGUUCCCUUCCUGACCAAUCAGCCUCUUUGAUUUAUCUGCAUGACAUUUUAUAUGGGUCUAAGGUCCCCUGCUGUUACUGCUGUCCACUGUCUCAGCAUGAAAGUAACAGUAAGAAGCAAUCCAAAAAUGUUGUGGUGUUAGAUGACAAAUUCUCAAUGGUGCAUUUUGUGCACAGCUGGUUAUCAUUCUCUUGUCUUCUCAGAGCAAAGGCUAAAAGACACGUUGAUCUGAGACGUAUCCCUCACUUCUAGAAGACAAAUCAAAUUCUAGAAAAAAAUACGAUGGUUUGUGAUGAUUUCUUACAUCUCUUUGAGCUGGACAGAACAAGGAAUUGUAGAAGGUGGUGGUGUAUAUAUGCAAAGCUUUUGGUAGGCAUAUCAUCACUUGAAUCAGACUUGCCAUUAACAUCUGGAUGAAAACAUUCCGGAGAAGGACUUAUAAUUGUUAAUAUAUAUAAAUAUAUAUAUAUAUAAAUAUAUAUAUAUAUUAUUUUUUAAUUACUGUUGGAUACUACACAAGAAGCAAAAGGCUGGGAUCACCUAGCCUCCACUUAGACUUCCAGAUUCACGUGCAAUUAUGGAGAAUUGAACUUUUAAAAUGCAAGAAUUUAAGACAUAAAAGCAGCAACUGAAGUUGUUUAAAGGUCUUAUGAUUUGCAUCUCUCUCAUACUUUUCUUUUUCUUUGUCGAUAUACAUCACCUUUGGAGGCUGAAGAAUGUAGACAGGCAUAACAACAUCGCUUUUCACCAAAAUUUGUACACUAAGGUAAACAGGAGUUUGCCUUACAUGUUUUUACUUUUGAGUUUGUGAAUUAGCUUUUUUCUUCAGGUGUUUUAACGGAAUUAUUUUUGUUACACUUCAAUAGUAUUUAUUUUUAGUGACGAUUGUAUGUAUCAUGUUUGCAAAUGCUGCUAUAUCCCAGAAGAGGCUUAAAAUUUAUUUUGUAAAGUAUGGAAGGACUGUACAAGCUGAACAAAAUAAUGCACUUUUUUCUCCCAUGUGAAGAUGUUAACAAGACUCUGAAAGUGUACCCUGUACUUUGAAUCAGAUUUCUGUAGUGGAAACAUUUCAUUAUUGUCAAGAGAAAACCCCAGCGCCAUGCACUCUCUACUCCAUGUGGUAUAGGAGUCUGAUAGUCACUUGAACUUUUCAGUGAUACGAAGUCCACAAUGAUUACAACCAACACCCCUGUGCUAUAAUGUUUCAAACAAUAUAUUAGAUUGACGGGAACAGCCAUUUAAAAGUGAUGUUUGAUUUCUGGCCACAACGGACAUAACAUUGUCAGUGUACUGAAUUACCUUUCUCAUCAUAUUUAUUGACUAGGAUAUUUGAAUCCAUUAUUUUGUUCUUUUAAGAUGUAAACCUGUUGAGGGAAGGCAAUCUCUAAUACAGCCUUUGGGGCUGGGAGUUGGGAUUUUCCAAAUGAGCCACUAAAUGUAAUAACAUUGCAUGCCAGUGGUAAUGACAUCACCGAAUGCCACUCCAUGGGGUUAUCAUCAAAGUAUCUUGGCUUCAUUAUGUUUUCAACUCCUGUAACAAACUGUGAUUUAGCUUAGUAUUACGAUUGCUGUGUAUGAAUGUGUACAUGACUUCUGAGAAGAAAAUAAUAUUUACAUGCAGACGUCUUAGCCUCUUGAUGCUGAGAAUUUCAAUAUCCUGGAAUGAUAACCACUGCAGGCAGUGGGACAUGCCAGGGCUAUCAAGAGGCAUGUAGGCAUCUUAUGAAGGCAGCUAAGACAAACACAUACUUUCCAUAAGCAAAGUAGAUUUUAUUGUAUCUUUGCACCACAGUAGGUCAUGAUUAAUGGACACCUCUUGAGUGGAUGGCGUGCAGAAUAUAACUACGUCUACACUUGGUGUUAGAGGUUGUGACACCGAAGUAGUAACAAACAAUCAGAAUGACUCAGUGGCUAGACAGAACUUUUGUUUUAUGACCAGUGUAUACCAAAUGUGAUCACUUGAUAAUAUUUAUGGUGGUCCCGAGCCUGUGUUUCUUAUAUGCAGGAAUUUCUCUGCUGGCCAGAUGGACAGUGUAGUCAGUUGUGAAGUUCUCCUCACCAUUUAGCGCAGAAAAGGGGAGAGAAGAGCUCUUUAACCUUUGCCUCCAAUCAAAUGAGCAGCCCUAUCAAAGCAUUAACACCACUUGUUAUCUGUGUGUCAGAUCUGUACCAGCCUAAUCUUGUAAGGGGCACCACAUGCACAGCCCUGGGGUUAGAUGUGGAAUCGCUUCCCUGCGCAGGACCCUUUCUUAGGUAAGCAUGGGAUCUGCACAUGGAACCGCCCUGAUGGAUAGGAACAAGUAUGCCUUUCCAUGGCUUAAAUAUUUCCUAAUCCAUAUAAAUAUUCAUUUAGAUAUAACAAAAUUAUCAAGCUGCUAUAUCUCAGUGUUAGAAUAUUAUUUAUAGAAGCUAUUGAAAUCCAUGCAAUAGGUUAAGCGGUGGAGUCAUUCCAUGUUGUCCCACUUCCACAAUUUGAAAAACACAACAAAAUUGUUGAAAUGGUUCAAAUUCUUAUUCUAAUGACCAUUUCAAAAUUAGUGUAUUUGCCUUAGUAAUAUAUCUGAUUGAUUUCAGAAAUGGCAGCCUGUUGGUCUGGGAACAUAAGCAAGCUCUUAUUCUGUGGGCUGGUAGAAAGGUAAUGGUAGCUUUCUAAUAAGGGUUUCCAUUUGCAGGCCUGGCUUGAAUUGGAGAUGGAAUAUGAAAUAGAUAUAACACACACAAAGAUGGAUUCCUUGUGUAAACCAGCAGUGAUGUUGGUUAAUUCAGUUGAAGUUAGCCUUGACACAAGACUGAAAGUGUUUACUCAUUAAAAUAAUAUUUGCUUUCAUUGCCACAUAGGACUCCUCUUCCAAGACACAUGCCACUGAUUUUUGCAUGCAUUGCACUUGUUUUGUUGUAUGGCCCAUAGCUUGCCUUGUGUCGAUUUCUAAGGUGCUGGAUAGCUGGUUAUUUGAUCAGCUCAGUCGUAGGAUUGGCUAGGGAAUACACGGGAUGCAAUCCAACAGCGGCCAUCUGCCAGCAGCAUGGAUACCAUUGGUGUAUCAGAUAACCCUUUCCUGCAGCCCCUGAAAUUGCUCUAGAGGGUUGGGAGGUAAUAUACAGCAGAUUUCAGGAGGAUGGGAUGGUGGAGCGUCACCCACUGUAUUUCAUAAAUGGAUGUAAUCAGACCAUCCUUCUAAAGUAGAUGUGCUGUACCAUUCCAGAGGCAUUCCUUUACAUGCAUUUGCUCACAAGUAUAUAUGCAUCCUUUGGGGGUACUCAUCCUCCAUUUAUGUUUAUGUUUAUAAAAGCUCCCAUCAGUGAAGUUUGGCAAGUAUCAUAAUGUUGAUCUUCAAAUAAUCUGUUCUCCAGUGCAUUUAUGGCACCACAAAAAAGCAGUCCAGCUGUUCCUGGCAUCUUCAGAGCAGGGGUAGCUAGCAAUGGAAGGUUUGGGACAGUUUUGACAGGUGCAAAUAGUUUCUUAUUUGUCAGAAGAUUAUACUUUAGCCACACAUAUCUAUGAGUGCUGUCCUGAAUGUUUGGUGGGGUGCAAGCUUAGGAAAACCAUUGAAGAUUUGCAGUUACCCUUUUGGCUGUCAUGUGGGUAUGCAUCUGUCACAAUUCAGCAUAGGUCAUGAUAUGGAGAACUUUGGUUUAUCCACAGAUCAACAGCAGGCUGAAAUCUAGCCACUAACUGGAGACUAGGAAACAAUAGUCUCUUCAGCUUGUUCCAUAGUCCGUGCCACCAUCACUCUUCCUCUGUACUACCCUUUGGAUUCCUCACUUGACCCAGUUUUCCCUGCAGUCUCAUUAAUGGACGGGAGGAUCUAGAGGUGAAGAAGGUGCAGGGAAACCUCCUCCUCACAAUACUACAGAGGAGAAUGCCAUAGAAAUUUCUAUCUAGUCACAUUUCUCUAAUUUAUUACAAAUUAGCCCACAGAAUUACAUAUGUUCCUAGACUAUACAAGGCAUAAGUUUUGGCAUGUCAAUUAAUAGUUUUGUUCUGACUAUUUUUGUCAGCUCAAGAAGGCUCCAAAUAGUGUCACAAAUAUUUUAAUAAGGUCACCUAUCAGGUCAGGUCAUUGUCGUUGUGUUUCACAUUGUGCAAGUGGAAGUCUGAAUUGAGCUUUCCUCUGCCUUGGGCUGGGAUGUGGCAAGAACUGAACUGUGGCAGCAGUGAAGUUCUGCUUGCAUAAGGUUGGCUACAGCCCACUGUAACCCAUGUUGUUGGCCUGAUGAGCAGAACAAUUAAAGGUGGCUUGAUAUUUCAGGUCAGCUGUCUGCAUUUACUGUAUUGUUUGCAUAUAGAACUUUGUUCCUUUAAGUUACAUUUACUGUGGGGAGGGAAAAGAAAGCAAAAAUGAUAUUUGAGUUCAUGUUCCUACAUGGAAUGACCCUUUGGAGGUUGAGAGAAAACUUCAAUUCAUACUCAUAAAUCAAUCAAAGCUGCAGCUAAAAUACACUCUUGAAAUCUCUCUUCUGCUUCGUCACAGCUUCCUCUUGAGUUUGGCUAGACUUUGACAGGAGUUUGAAAAAAACAUAGUACAUUUCAGACUUGUUGACUCCAGCUUGUACUGGCUUCCAAGACAUCGUGUGUGCCCUCUUGUACUGCAGCUACCUUUGAGGAAAUAGGUCAUUUCUAUUUAUGUUUUGGCAGUUUUGCACACAAACUUUGCUUUCCACACUAACAAUUCUUCCAAAACAUCUUUGCUAAUCGCAGAGCCUCUAUUCCAGUAUUGUUUUAUAAAACUUUCAAAUUGUUUUUGUUUGUUUGCUUCUUGAAGCUGGCAGUUCUUGCACAGGCCAUGUGCUUUUUCCUAGAGUACAAACGUAAGGUUUUUCCUUACUAACUGCAGGGUCUCUAUAUUACACCUCAAUGUACACACUUUGCUGCUACUGUUUGUACCGUCUACAGUAGAAUUUCCUUAUCUUGCUCCUGGUAUAGUGCAUUACAGGCAAGCAUGAAAUGUAAAGUAUUUAUUUAAAUAAAAACUCAAAAAUGGUAAUUGAAUUACCUCCCUGUAGCUUUAGAGUUUGUGAAAUUUCUUGACCUUGCUAGUUCUUUCAUUAGACCCAUGACAGAUCUAGUCCUAUGGUUAAGGACAUUAAGCAGACACUAAAAAAUCCAAGAAACCGUAUUACUGUUGGUCAUACUUAAACUGUUUAUUUCCUUAAGCAUAUGACCCACAAGGAUGUGAAAUAACAACAGCCGUUUUUGUACACUGUACAUCCUUAGUAUUUUUACACAUAUAUGAUAGGGAUGCACAUUAUUUUCCUUCGUAAAGACAGCUUAAAUAAAGCACUAUGUCAAUCUGCUACUUAUGUGUUUAUUGUUGUUGCUUUUUUGAGGUGCAAACAUGUAUAAAGGUUGCAACAAAGGAGUUUUUAGUUUUAUCUAUGACUUGAGAGCAACUUUAUUUCAUGAAAAUGGUUUUAAAAAGCAAUAUCUUUGCAAUUGCAAAUUACUGCAGAUAUCUUGAGUGCUGUGGUAUACUUUAGAAAAGUAUAUAUCGUAAUAUGCAGCCCAUCUAAAAGCAAUUCUAAAAUUUUAUUCUGAUGUGUGUACAUUCUCAUCAUAUCUGUGAUAAUUGACAGAUAAUGCUAUGUGCAUUGUUAGCUGAUUUCAAUUUUUUAUGUUUAUUGGAAAUUUAGUAUAACUUGCUGCCUUCCUUUAUGGAGGUUUUUUCUUUUCAAACAGUUGAAAAUUCCAUAACUAAAAUCAUACACCAAGUGCUAGUGACGCGCAAGAUACUCACUGUCCAAAAAACCCCACAGUCCAGGUAAUAUGGGGGGAAAUAAUAAAGAAUUGGAAGAGUACACAAAAAGAUGCAUGGUUUAUUAUAAAGUUUGUAGAUAGACAUAAUGAGGAGGACGAUAACAGGUAGAAGGGCUAUUAAGGGACAAAAAGAAUUUGUAAGAGUUUAUUUUAGGAAAACAUUCAAGGUGUAAAAGGAUAGAGCAAGUGCAAAAUGAAAGGUUCUAGGCAAAGGCUAUGGAUGGGAACUUGGAGAAGAAUGAGAAAGUAAGGUUAUGGAGAGCAUAAAAGACCAGAACAAGAAUAAGUGGGGUGACAAAUGAAAUUAUUGUAUGAAAACUGAUAAUUCUGACAAUGCUUGCUUUUCCAAGAUUGUAGAAAACAGUUAUAAGUUUAGUUGAAGAUGUGGAACCAUCUUGAGAAAUGCAUCAAUUCCAACAAGGCAGAAGUGUAAAAACUAAACAUUUUGUUGUGUUUCCGUAUCAUAUGAGGAUACACAUGGUAUCUAUUUGCUGCCAAGGAGUGUGGUGGAGUCUCCUUCUUUGGAGGUCUUUAAGCAGAGGCUUGACAACCAUAUGUCAGGAGUGCUCUGAUGGUGUUUCCUGCUUGGCAGGGGGUUGGACUCGAUGGCCCUUGUGGUCUCUUCCAACUCUAUGAUUCUAUGAUCUAUCAUGUGUUUGGUCUGUGAGGUCCAGAAAUCAUUUGUGAUCUUAGAAUUCAUUUCAAAGUUUACUGAUAUUUACAUAAUUAUUUUAAUGGAACAGGUUAUAUUUCUACAGGCACAGUAAAAUAGAUAAGUGAUAGAAUGUAUAAACCUCCAAGUUAUUAAAAUAUUGAGACUGUAGUAAAUAAUUUUGCUCUGUUAAAUUUGGUUAAUUAAAUUUCUCUUACACUUUUCCUUUAGAAUCAAAAGAUCUUACAGUAGAAUUAGAUUAAAAAAAGCAAAACAAUAACAAUAUAAAAAUUCCGUAAAAUGAUACCAAACUUCUCACAUGUGAAGAGACAAAAUCAACAAGAACCCUGAGCACAGUACAUUUCAGUACAAUGACAUUUUGAAUGUCAUUGUAGAACAUGUAAACUUCUUAACAAAAUCUAGCCAUCACACAAUUGACUAUCCAUAUUUUUUGUAACUGACUGAGAUUUGUGCAUCUGUAGCAUAACCUACAUUUUGUGUUGCCUUACUAUCGCUAUCUGAUAGCCAACACAGUAACUAAAAAUUCCAGGCUUGACCGGCGAUGCACAGUUACCACUCUUAAAAGUAAUGUAGCUUAUAUCUCAAUGCCACCCACCCUUUGAAUUGAUUCAUCAACUAUUUUACAGCAUUUUUGUCUCUCUGGCAUUAUUGCUUUCAGUUUUAGAUAGUUACAACAUCAACUAGCCCACCUGAAAUGGAAAUAAGAACAUUAAAACACUAAUAAUAAAAUAUUCCAACAAAAAAUUUAAUGUUCACAAAUGACUCACCAACCUCAAACACACACACACACACACACACACACACACACACACUCCCGCUUCAUGUUGGAAUGUCCCAUUUACAAGAUGGCUCCACAUUUGAAAUUAACUGUGAAACUGGUAUAUAUGAUGCUGAAGAAGUAAACGAUCUAGCACUGGCUAGAAAGAGAAACCAUUCCUAAGGAUGAGGGGUAGCCAAUGGAAGAACCAGAAAUGUAGUUGGAUGGGCUGCCUGUAACUAGUCAUUGAUAAUUCUGACGGAGUUUUGGUCAGAAUGAAAGCAAUCAGGAUGGGAAGGGGGAAGACAAGUAGAGUCUACAAUAGUCAAAGUGAGAAGUAACUAAGGCAUAAACAGGCCUUUUGGCUGACUCACACAUUCUUGUUCAUCAAUUGAUCUCAUCAGGUUAUUACUCUAAGCUGAAUGUGUGGAUUGUCUCCAUUGAUAUGCAUUGUAUUUGAGUUGGCAUCUGUGUGAGGCGGUUGAUCUGUGAUGUCAUGGUGGUGAACAAACUGCAUCACUUGACAGCAUGUUCAACAGUCAAUGACUGCAGCAUAUGCAGUUGGUUAUGUAAGGCAGAAAUCUAGCAGGGUGGCAAAAUGGAAGAAUAGGAAGUUUAGCAGUAGAAUGCUUUAGAAGACCAAGAGAAAGCGAGAGAGAGUCAAAGGCUACAAUGUUAUUGUUCACUGAAUUUAUAGGAAGUUAGUUGAUACCAGUGAAAAAAGAAGAGUUUGUGCAGAAACUUCCACGCCUGCUACAUUAUGUGUAAGUAAUGCCAAGUCAUUGGAAAGAUGAUUGACAAGAGCUAGAAAGCUAGUUAGUUUAAAAGAGAGGGGGAUAAGGAUGAGAGGGCAGAUAGCAAGAUUAGAUGAGAUGGGACAAAUUGUUGAGAGGAGCACAGUGAUAAGAGUUGUGUUCCAGGAGGAAAACAGGUGGUUAUGCAUGUGCUGAACUUCCCAUUGAAAUCAGUGGGACUACACACCUUAAACUUUGUCUGGAUUGUGCCUUAGUUAUAUGUGUUCUCUCUAUAUUGUUCUCUAUUAAGUCCUUUUUGAUGACAGGAGGCAGAAAUAGUGUGGAACUCGUCCUCUUAAACAUGUAGAUUGAAAUUGAGCUCUAGAAUUUGUUUUGAGUUAAUACUCGAGAGAAUUCUAAUAAUUGCAUAGCUGUUUGCUUUAGCCAUUUUUAAUUUUUAUUUUUGUAAAAUGACAUAGCUUACACGUCUUCUGUUUACUUCUGUCAAGCAUGUACACCUUUAUUUAUUUGGCUUGUUUUUCUUAAACCCACCCUGUUGCUUGCUGAAAGCUCAGGGUGGAUAACAUUAAGAAACAUUUUAAAACAUGUAUUUAAUAAAUAUUUAUUAUGUAU